UGAAGGCAAGAUGGCUGCUGCCGACGGGAAGAAGCGUGGCCUUGAACAUUUGGACGAAUAUGAACCAAAACCUGCCAAACAUCUUCGCAGUCUGCACGAUGUCAUGUCGGAGAGGCGACUGGUUGUCAUCCUGGAGGGAGCCUCGCUAGAGACCGUCAAGGUUGGGAAAACCUUUGAGCUGUUGAACUGCGACCAACACAAAAACAUCCUAAUCAAAAGUGGAAAAAAUCCAGGAAAUUUUAGACCAGAUAUCACACAUCAGUGCCUGCUCAUGCUGAUGGACAGUCCACUGAACAGAGCGGGCCUGCUGCAGGUUUACAUCCACACUGAGAAGAACGCGCUAAUAGAGAUCAACCCGCAGACGCGCAUCCCCAGAACCUUUACACGCUUCUGUGGCCUUAUGGUUCAGCUGCUGCACAAGCUAAGCGUACGGGCGUCCGACGGUCCUCAGAAGCUCCUGAAAAUGAUCAAAAACCCUGUGUCAGACCACCUGCCGCCCGGGUGCCCACGCAUCUCCACCUCCUUCUCCGCCGGAGAGGCCGUGUGCCCCCGAACCGUGGUGCCAGAGGGGCCAGCGGCCGUGGUCAUUGGAGCGUUUGCACAUGGAGCGGUGAACGUUGACUACACCGAGAAGACCGUGUCUAUCAGUAACUACCCGCUCUCAGCCGCACUCACCUGUGCCAAGAUGUGCUCGGCUUUUGAGGAAGUUUGGGGAGUCUUGUGAUCAACAACUGACUGGGCAGAAACCCGUCUCCAAACAUUUUGUAUAGACUAAUUGCACACACAGUGGAAGUGUUGCACCAAAUUUCCCACUCAUGGAGAGUACGUGGACCAUCUUUUUGAUGUAUGAUGGUCAUGUUGUUACCCAGAGACAUUUUUCUACGGUGAUGGUAUCUGCAGAGAAGACUUAACGUUUCCUGUUGAAUCAAUUUCAUGAAAUUUUUGAGAAAUAAUACAUGUUUAAAUAUCUUU